GGACAGGAGCGAGAUGUGUCGGACAGGAUAUCCGAACCCGUCCAUUGCAUAUGCUGCGCCAAAAUUGGGGUUUCGAGGGUUCAAGCAGUAUUUUUAUUUGCAUUCACUUUCUUGUGACUAAAGAGCUGCUUUUUAAAGCAAGAAAACACGACUCGGGGUUCUUUCGUCGAAGAGGAUAGAUCAUGUCGAGAUUCUGGAAACCCGGAGCAGAGAAGCCGCGCAUUGAGGACGAUGAAGAAGGGGGUGUAUUGUUCUACGCUUCCUCGUCAUCGGCAUCUUCUGGGUACGGGUACGCAAACAUUGAAGCGCAGAGGAGGAGGCUUCCAGUGUACAAGUAUAGAACGGCCAUUUUGUAUUUGGUGGAGACGCACGCCACGACCAUUAUUGUUGGCGAGACGGGCAGUGGAAAGACUACGCAGAUUCCCCAGUAUUUAAAAGAAGCUGGAUGGGCUGACGGUGGCCGGGUGAUAGCUUGCACACAACCAAGACGUUUGGCUGUGCAGUCUGUUGCUUCUAGAGUUUCUGAAGAGAUGGGUGUUAAACUAGGAGAUGAAGUUGGUUACACAAUUCGGUUUGAAGAUAUUUCCAAUAAGGAACUAACAAGGAUCAAAUUUCUUACUGAUGGAGUAUUGCUGAGAGAGAUGAUGGACGAUCCUCUGCUAAGCAAGUAUAGUGUCAUCAUGGUAGAUGAAGCUCAUGAACGGUCGCUUUCAACAGACAUUUUGUUGGGCCUCCUUAAAAAGAUCCAACGGCGUCGGCCCGAGCUUCGUCUUAUAAUCUCAUCAGCAACAAUUGAAGCACAAUCAAUGGCUUCUUUUUUCAAUAUCAGCCAUCGAAGGCAUCAAGGUGCAGAGGAAGCAGAUCAUGGACCAAAAAAAGAUCCUGCCAUAUUGUCAGUUGAGGGUAGAGGGUAUAAUGUGGAAAUUUUCUAUGUUGAGGAACCUAUUUCAGAUUAUGUCCAAGCUGCUGUUUCUACUGUAAUAUCUAUACACGAUGAGGAGCCAAAUGGAGACAUACUUGUUUUUCUUACUGGUCAAGAUGACAUUGAUGCUGCAAUUCAGUUGCUUACAGAAGAUUCCCACAAUAGAAAGAAAGGCUUGCUUGUCUUGCCUCUGUAUUCUGGACUACCACGUGCCGAUCAAGAUCUUGUGUUUUCUCCAACUCCUCGUGGGAAGAGAAAGGUGGUAAUAUCAACCAAUAUUGCGGAGACCUCCUUGACAUUAGAGGGUGUUGUCUAUGUUGUUGACAGUGGAUUUUCAAAGCAACGUUUCUACAAUCCGAUGACUGAUAUUGAAAGUUUGAUCGUUGCGCCAAUAUCUAAGGCUUCUGCACGACAAAGGACUGGUAGGGCUGGAAGAGUUAGGCCAGGAAAGUGCUACAGGCUUUACACAGAGGAAUAUUUCCUGAAUGAGAUGCCUGCUAAUGGUAUACCAGAGAUGCAGAGAUCAAACCUUGUUUCUUGUGUUAUUCAGUUAAAAGCCUUGGGGAUAGACAAUAUUUUGGGGUUUGAUUGGCCUGCAGCACCAACUCCUCAGGCACUGAUUCGAGCACUUGAAGUAUUGUAUUGUCUUGGAGUCCUUGAUGAUGAUGCCAAACUCACUUCCCCUACUGGAUUCCAAGUUGCAGAGAUUCCAUUAGAUCCAAUGAUCUCUAAAAUGAUUUUGGCUUCAAAUGAUUAUGGCUGUACAGAGGAAGUCAUCACCAUUGCAGCUGUGCUUUCCAUACAGUCAAUCUGGUUUUCUGGCUGGGGAGCACAAAAGGAAUUGGAUGAAGCGAAAUUGAAAUAUGCUGCUGCUGAGGGUGAUCAUAUUACCUUCUUAAAUGUGUAUAAAGGGUUUAUGGAGUCUGGUAAAUCUUCAAAUUGGUGUCACAAGAAUCAUGUGAACUUCCAUGCUAUGAAAAAGGUUGAUGAAAUCCGAAAACAGUUGAGAAGAAUUGUACAACGUUUAGGUAUCCCCAUAAAAUCUUGUGAAGGUGACGUACAGGCAAUAAGGAAGGCAGUCACUGCUGGAUUUUUCGCCAAUGCUUGUUUGUUAGAGCCAUUCAGUCACAAUGGAUUAUACAAGACCAUAAGAGGUUCACAGGAAGUUUAUAUUCAUCCUUCUUCUGUGUUAUUCAGAGUCAAUCCUAAGGCUGUUGUAUUCCAUUCCAUCGUCUCAACUGAUCGUCAGUACAUGCGAAACGUCAUGGCUAUAGAUCCAUCAUGGCUAACAGAGGUUGCUCCACAAUUUUACCAGCAAAAGCUGCCAAAUCCCAGACCAUCAUAGUCAAUGCCUCCUGGUUCGUGGAACUCCCUCACUUGAUUGGAAAAUAUUCUCAUUAUUUAGCAGGCUCAUGUGGGAAUUAAUGCCCAACGGUGAAUUGUAUUUCACAGUUUUAAGGAUAGACAAUUUACUCACUGGUGAACUUUGUUCUUUAAUUGUUGGCUAUAUCAAGAAAUCCUCCCUGAUUGAUUUUCUUUAA